CCAUCCAACUCGCCCUCGCCGCAAAAUGCCUCGGGUAGUUGAGACCAGGGACUCCAUCAAAGACAUCUGGGGCGAACGUACCCCAUACAAGCACCAGUGGCCGAUGCGGUGCGACUCGCAUCUGGUCGACACCCCGGAUAAAUGGGUCCAGAGUGCUUGUGUGCUCUGCAGUAAUGGGUGCGGGCUGGAUAUCGGGGUCAAGAAGGGCAGAGUCGUCGGUGUCCGCGGUCGCACGGUUGACCGCGUGAAUAAGGGACGACUGGGGCCCAAGGGGUUGAAUGGCUGGGUCUCCAUCAACCACCCGGACCGACUAAAGCACCCUCUGAUCCGCCGCAAUGGCAAGCUCGAGCGAGCCUCAUGGGACGAGGCCAUGUCGCUGAUUGUCGACCGCGCCAAGGACAUUCAGUCACGGCUGACGAACCAUGGCAUUGGCUUUUAUACGACGGGUCAGUUCUUUCUCGAGGAGUACUAUGUCCUCGCCAUGGUUGGGAAGGCUGGGCUGAAUACUUUGCACAUGGACGGAAACACACGCCUCUGCACUGCAACUGCAGCUGCCAGUAUGCGCGAAUCGUUUGGGAGUGACGGGCAGCCAGGCUCGUACUCUGACAUCGACUACACAGACUGCCUGUUCCUCGUUGGCCACAACAUGGCCAACACGCAGACGGUGCUCUGGGCGCGCGUGCUGGACCGUCUCGAGGGACCGAAUCCGCCCAAGCUGGUCGUUGUCGAUCCGCGGACAUCAGAGACGGCAAAGAGGGCGACGAUCCAUCUGGCUCCCAAGCUGGGGACGAACGUGGCGUUGCUGAAUGGGCUGCAGCACUUGAUUUUCGAGAACGGCUGGGUUAAUGAGCACUACGUGUCCAACUUCGUCGUCGGGCUUGACGACUUGAGGAAGACGGUCAAGAAGUACACCCCACGGCUCGUAGAGGAAAUCACCGGCGUCCCUGCCAGCCAACUCCACGAAGCCGCAGAGGCCAUUUCAACCUCCGGAAGCCUCCUCUCCACAGCCCUCCAGGGCGUCUACCAAUCCAACCAAGCGACCGCGGCCGCCUGCCAAAUCAACAACAUCAACCUCCUUCUCGGCCACAUCGGCAAACCGGGCAGCGGGAUCCUGCAGAUGAACGGACAACCCACAGCCCAGAAUAACCGCGAAACAGGCUGCGACGGCGAGUACCCGGGCUUUCGCAACUUUCAGAACCCAAACCACAUGAAGGAGAUUGCAGAUAUCUGGAAUAUAGACUACGCGCAUGUUCCGCACUGGAAUCAGCCGACACACAUCCAGAAUAUGCUCAACUACAUUGAAGCAGGUUCCAUCGAGAUGUUCUGGGUGUCGGGCACGAAUCCGCUCGUCAGUCUGCCUCACCUGCAUCGCGUCCGCGACCUCCUCACGAAACCGGAACUCCUCCUCGUCGUGCAGGACAUUUUCAUGACGGAGACGGCAGCGAUCGCAGACGUCGUUCUCCCCGCCGCACAAUGGGGCGAGAAGACAGGGUGUUUUACAAACGCUGAUAGAACAAUGCACCUCAGCCACAAAGCCGUCGAGCCACCGGGCGAGGCAAAAGCAGACCUAGACAUCUUCCUCGACUUCGCUCGGCGGAUGGACUUUCAAAAUAAAGACGGCGGCCCGCUGAUCCCCUUCACGCACCCGGAGGAAGUCUUUGAAGAGUGGAAGAAGAUGUCCUGCGGCCGCCCGCUGGACUGCAGCGACCUGACGUACGAGAAACUCACAGGCGGCUCGGGGAUCCAGUGGCCGUGUACGACGGAGUAUCCGUACGGGAAGGAGCGGCUGUUCGACAAUGGGAAAUUCUACACGGACACGGAGUACUGCGAAAGUUUCGGGCAUGAUCUGGAGACGGGGACGCCGUUGUCAAAGACGCAGUACGACGCGAUGAAUCCCGCCGGUCGUGCGAUCCUCAAGCACGCGCACUAUAAGCCGUCGCUAGAGGCCGCGAGUGAAGAGUAUCCGUUCCUGCUUGCGACAGGGCGGCAUGUGUUUCAUUUCCAUACAAGGACCAAGACGGGGCGGUCGAAGCGGUUGCAGAGGGCGGAUCCGGAUGCGAGUGUCGUUUUGUGUAGGGAGGAUGCGGAGAGGGUUGGCGUGAGUGAAGGCGAGAUGGUGCUGGUCAAGUCGAGGAGAGGCCAGGUCGAGCUGGCUGUGAAGAUUGACGAGAUUCUUCCGGGUCAUGUCUUUAUUCCGUUUCAUUUUGGAUAUUUUGACUCGACGGAUCACAGGGCGAGGGCAGCGAAUGAAUUGACGACCGAGCAAUGGGACCCCGUCUCGAAACAACCACGAUUCAAAUCCGGCGCCGUGCGCAUCGAAAAGUGCGUGCAAAAGGAAGUGCAGGCAAAGGAGCAACAAACCGCCGCAAUAAAACGCAUCGAGGAGAAGAAGGUGGACGCAGCUUAUAAAGGUCAAGACGAGGGCAUCAAGAAGCGCGUACGCUGGCUGGAGAUGUGGCUGGGCGCAACACACGAAGCCCUUGAGAUGCUGCGAGAUAUCUACAAAGAUCUCAUUCCCCGACUCGUUCAUGAUCUGGAGAUCCAGGCUGGACUAGAGGUCAUGCAGCGCAUUACCAAGACUGUCUUGGAAAGGUUCGAUCCCAUCAUCAAGCGGUAUCAUGAGAGCCGCUUGUAUGGUAGGAGGGUCUGUGAGCGUCUGCGGGCGAGUCUGUUCCCCAUGGAAGACACGGGUGAUCCGUACUGUGCGCUCAUCACGCUGCAGUCGCUGGGUAUGUUCUUGGGGUACAUCGAAGGCCAUCUACUGGCGUUGUCACCAUCCAGCCAGGCACUCUGGGAUGGAGAGUUUGUUGACGUUGUCGAUUUCGCCCAGACAAACGUACAGAGGCAGAAAGCGUGGGUGAACCAGCAUAUCAAAGUGAAGAGUCCGCAGACCCUGCUGGUGCCCCAGAAUCCGCCCUCAGACAUGACCGAUGAAUCAGGGCUGGCGCGAGAAUUCUACUACUGACACCUACUGUAACAACCCACGGGUGG